AUGGCGCCGAUCGGCAAGAAGCGCAAACGGGGUGAUCGAUACGGUCCGAUUGAAGAACUCACAUUUAAUCCGGAAGCGCGACAGGAAUAUCUGACUGGAUUCUCCAAGCGCAAGCAAGCCCGGAAGGACCACGCGAAAGAAGUUGCGAUAAAACGGGAGAAGGAAGAGAAGAUCAAGGAGAGAAAGGCUCUCCGAGAACAAAAAAAGCAAGAAGUCGAAGAACACGUCCAAGCCGUCAACGAGGAACUCAAGAAGCAGAAUGCCCUAAUAAAUGGCGACGAGAGUGAAGACGACUUUGAAGGCUUUGAAAAUACAGAAGGCGCCGCAGAAGAAGUCCUCCCUUCGGACGAAGAAUACGUCGACGAGGACAAGUAUACAACAGUCACUGUAGAACCUAUGGGCGAGGAGAGCGAAGACAAUGAUGAUGAAGUCGGUGAAGCCAAAGCAGAGGCAUCCUUGACGAUCAAGAAACCCGAGCAUCCAAUGAAGAAGAAACGACCCUGGCAAAAGGAUGGCGAUGACAAGAAAAAGGUCAAGAAAAAGAAAUUCCGAUAUGAGAGUAAAGCCGAACGAGCAGUCACAAGACAGAAGCAGAAAUCUAGGAAUAGUAAAGCUGCGGCUGCCCGGAAGAAGGUGAAGUGA